AUGACCCCAGAGAACAUCACCUGGGCCAAGGGGGCCCCCGCCGAAUUCAUUCUCCUGGGCAUCACAGAUCGGUGGGACCUGCGCGUGACCCUCUUCCUGAUCUUCCUGCCCGUCUACCUGGUGAGCCUGCUGGGCAACCUGGGCAUGGUGCUGCUGAUCUGCGCGGACGCGCGGCUCCACACGCCCAUGUACUUCUUCCUGGCCAACCUCUCCAUGCUGGACGCCUGCUACUCCUCGGCCAUCGGGCCCAAGAUGCUCGUGGACCUGCUGCUGCCCCGCGCCACCAUCCCUUACUUCGCCUGCGCCCUCCAGAUGUUCGUGUUUGCGGGGCUGGCGGACGCUGAGUGCUGCCUGCUGGCGGCCAUGGCCUACGACCGCUACGUGGCCAUCGGGAACCCGCUGCUGUACACCACGGCCAUGUCCCCGCGCCUGUGCCUGGCCCUGCUGGGCGCCUCGGGCCUGGGCGGGGCGGUGAGCGCCUUCGUGCACACGACCUUCACCUUCCGGCUGAGCUUCUGCGGCUCCCGGGAGGUCAACAGCUUCUUCUGCGACAUCCCGCCGCUGCUGGCCAUCUCCUGCAACGACACCAGCCUCAACGAGCUGCUGCUCUUCGCCGUGUGCGGCCUCAUCCAGACGGCCACCGUGCUGGCCAUCGUGGUCUCCUACGCGUUCAUCGCGGGCGCGGUGAUCCGCAUGCGCUCGGCCGAGGGCCGGCGGCGGGCCGCGUCCACCUGCGGCUCGCACCUCACCGCCGUGGCCAUGCUCUACGGGACGCUCAUCUUCAUGUACCUGCGCCCCAGCUCCAGCUACGCCCUGGACACCGACAAGAUGGCCUCGGUCUUCUACACCCUGGUCAUCCCCGCGCUCAACCCGCUCAUCUACAGCCUCCGGAACAAGGAGGUCAAGGAGGCCUUCAAAAGGACCUGGGCCCGCUUCUGCUGUCCGGGACGGGGGCACCAGUGA